CAGGUCGCUAUCAAGUACAUCAAGAAGACAAAGAUCCAGGACGAGAACGACCUGGUCAGGAUACGGCGGGAGAUCCAGAUCUUGUCCAGCCUACGUCACAAGCACAUCGUCAACAUCCGGGAAGCAGAAUGGAAUCGUUCAUCGAGACUUGAAACUGGAGAAUAUCAUCUUGGAUGACCAAGGAAAUGUCAAGGUAUGUUCUUGGAGUUGGAGCGUUAGCCUUAUUGCUUGAAAGCGAUAUCACAUCAUUAUAUUUACAUGUACACGCAUUGAGUUCGAAGUUUUAAGUUUUGGUCGUGUGUCACCAACGCUGUUCUUUUGUUAGUAGAAAAAGGAAAAGAUGAAAGACGACAGAAAGAAACAUAUUCCCCUUUUGUUGAUGUCCAUGGGGAGAUAUGGUGUACAAUAGUGUGCAUACAUAAUUAAUUAAAUUUAGAACAACAAUACAUCAAAGUUACUUGAUCCACAAUACCGCACAAUAAAUACAAUCAACUAGCUAUUGCUGAUAGCCACUGUGCAGCGCCCUGUUUUGGAGCUAAAGUUAUCGUGUCGUUCUCAAGGACACACCCCAAGUGACCACCCCCCGCAAUCGCAAUAUCAACGACCCCGUAAUCGCAAUAUCAUCGAUAGACGCUGGACAUUAUUUUGAACCUGAUCUCACAAACCACUCAGUCGUUAGAGCCGCGCUCUGCGUUGACCAGUGAGCAAGAAGAAAAAAGAUAUGUUAAUUGGUCAGUUUUUAUAAUAUAAAUGUAUGCGCCCACAUGUAGGAACACGUGCACACACUCACGUUUUCUACCAUGCGCUCAAUCCUUCGCACAAAUUACUUGUACUCUCCAGCUGGCGGCUGAUUGACCCCUUUGGCUGGACUUUCUCUUUUUUUUUUCGCUUUUUUCUGUCUGUCGGUUAAACUUUUUUUGCCUAUUCUAAUUGAGCAUUAUUCUGCAGCGAUGUGCUCCCUUAUCUGAAGCGAUUUUAAACUAAAAUGUAGAGUGGGUUGUUAACGGGCGCUCUGGUGCGG